GCACAAAUGAAUACGAAAAAUCGCACUACACGUUGUACGUGCAGUUUUGUAUGGCGAUUUUGAGUCAACAAAAGUCCUGCAGAUUGCCCAUUUUACUGCCGACGAAAAAGCAAAUUUAUUUAGAAGCAUGAACCCCCACAUUACAAGCAUGGUGUGGCUGAGAUCUAAAGGAGUUGUCUAGGUGAAGUUUAGAUGCUUUUGAGUGCAGGGAAGCUGAUCAAUUUGGGACUUUUUGGUGGUUAGAUUUUGACGAAUGUUCAACGUUGCCUGUCAUGCCAGUUCAACAUGUGCAGCAUUUGUGGCCAAAAGUUAGCCGGUUUUGCGGAAGCUGAUCGACAUUUUAGAACUCUUUGAAACUUUUGUGACUUGUGCAAAUUUGAUGAACUGGACUGAAAUAGUAUACGACAUUGCAGAAAUACAAGGUCGUAAUCCAAGGUUGGAAUCAACCGGCUGAACGUGGAGACUACUCAACUGUAUGUGUGGAUCAACAUUUACAUGAACUAGUUGCAUUGUACCGUGUGAUAUCUUGGCCGGUGUGCGCUCAUGAGGACCCUGACGGCCAUGGAGAAGUAUGAGAACCUCGGGCUGGUCGGCGAGGGGAGCUACGGCAUGGUCAUGAAGUGUCGGCACAAAGAGACCAAUCAGACGGUGGCCAUCAAGAAAUUCAUCGAGUCGGAGGACGACAAGAUGGUCAAGAAGAUUGCGCUACGAGAGGUCCGGAUGCUCAAGCAACUGAGGCACGAGAAUCUUGUCAACCUGAUUGAAGUCUUCCGACGUAAGAAGCGUCUGUAUCUCGUCUUUGAGUUUGUAGAUCAUACCAUACUGGAUGAGUUAGAGCGAUACCCCAACGGUCUAGAGGACAACGUGGUACGGCGGUGCAUGUGGCAAGUCCUGAAAGGCAUCGACUUCUGCCAUAAUCAUAACAUUAUUCAUAGAGACAUUAAACCAGAGAACAUUUUAGUUUCCAAGUCCGGCAUUGUCAAGUUGUGCGACUUUGGCUUUGCAAGGACGAUAGCUGGGCCAGGGGAAAUCUACACGGACUACGUCGCUACUAGGUGGUACAGAGCACCGGAAUUAUUAGUAGGAGAUACGAAAUAUGGAAAAGCUGUAGAUAUCUGGGCGUUAGGUUGCUUACAAGCUGAAAUGUGUACAGGCGAGCCCUUAUUUCCGGGAGAUAGUGAUAUAGAUCAGCUGUACCAUAUCAUCAAGUGCUUCGGUAACUUGAUCCAAAGACAUAAAGAGGUCUUUAUGAAGAACCCGCUGUUUGUUGGGAUGCGUCUUCCUGAGGUCAGGAACGUAGAACCGCUGGAGAAGAGAUUCCCAAGUCUGACAGGUCUAUCAGUCACUGUCAUGAAGAGCUGUCUCCAUCUGGACCCCGACGAGAGACCAACCUGCUCCCAGCUCCUGCGGCAUGACUUCUUCAAGAAGGACGGCUUCGAUGAGAAGUUCCCCUCUGAGCUGAGAGUCAAGAUAGCCAAGGAGUUCGACUGCAACCCGCUGCUCCGGCCCAGCGGCGAGGAGAAGGAAGGAGGCGGGGAGGAGAAGAAGAAGAGCAAAAAGAGCAAAAAGGACCAGAGCCACAGUCACUCGGACAAGGAACGAGAGAGAGAAAAAUACAAGAAGAGGCACUCAGAUGCCGAUAGACACAAGAUAUCGUCAACGCCACCUGAUUAUUCCGAUGCAUCAGACCCCCACAAGAAAACCUCCAGCAAGACAGGCUCGGGUUCACCCAUCCCUACCAUCACCCCUACCAGCAAAAUGCUUCCGUCCACUGUCACAGCCAGUCACAAUAGCUCCUCGAAUCCUCCACUGCAAUCGCAGGGGGGUUCCUCCAGCCAGGCUCCCAUCAGUACGAUAAAUGUGGGGACUAUCGGUGCAUCCAAAGGGAGUCAUACGUCCAAUAAUACGAGUGGGCCUCCUCACCUCAGGGCUUCAGAUAAAGUCAAGAAAGGCACGACCAACACUUACUACAAGAAGCCCGCCCAGCCCCCUCCCGCCCACCACAGCACCAGCAUGACCACGCCUGUCCAAUCCGAGAAAACCAUGCUGCAUGAGAGAACGUUACAGUUUGAUGUCCUGAUGGCAAGUCAACGCAAGAGCAAAGGAACGUCGUCUCCUAAGCUGGAACGAGAGAUUACGCACCUGCCCAACUUGGCUGGACUUGAUGUUGACUCCAACAAGAGAUCGGAUAAGAAACCCAAAAUCAAGAAGAGUCAGCACACCCCGAUGCCUCACAUCGGUCUCCACAAUGACCCUGGUCACUCUGGCGCUAACGGCUCUCACCUCAACCAAUCAUCAUCUGCCGACGACUUCAGAGAGCACAACCUGCCGGCCGUAUAGCACAGGACGAACGAUUGCCGUCGGCAAGUUUGUUUUCUAUAACAAAUCACUAGUUGGGCUGGGUUUUCAUGUUGUUCAGGAGUUGUAUGUUGAAAGUGAGGAGCAACUGUGCAGCGUACCUCAAUGAAGCGUGACAAUGCAACGACAGAUAGACUUUCUGGAUUGGACGGGAAGAAACAAGUUCCGGACUGAAGCAGACCAUCUCUGGCUCGGAGCGUCUUGAGAAAAGUUUCUCUUGCUUGGACGAAGCGCACAGCGCCAACCAAAUGAGAUCAUAUGAAACUAGCAUUGCACGGCUAUGAAAUAUUAUGAGAAAGGAUUGUAUAGUGUACAGUAUUUGUUCGUCUAAACUUGGUCAUAUUUCUUAGUGCCGAUGACACGCUUUGAAAAUGUGGUAUUACAUUUUUUUAAAAUUUAGAAAAAAAAAUUCAAUUACACAUUGGUGCUUUGUGCCGAUUUCAUUCAAUUUGAUAUGAUUCACAUUGUAAACUAAAGAGUUAAACAUGAAAUUUGAGAAGUUUACAUGAAAUUUUUCAUGUUGUUGCAAAAUUACUUGGUAUACCAAAAAAAGCCCUAAAAACCGCAGAAAAUUUUAUUUUCUGUGUAGAGGAUUAUUUGUUAUUCGGUGCUUUGAAAUGUAACCGUCACGUGAAAGAGGCCACAUAGUUUUAUCAGGUUGUUUCUUGUACAUAGAAAUGUAAAUAAUGACAUAUAUAUAGGCACAUUUUGUUUUUUUGUAUUCAGCCAAGUUUAUCGUUCCACUCAUUUGGUGCGUUUUACCUAAAACCUCAGCAUUGCGUAAAUGUUCCGUGUUUUUUUGUGUGGCUUGUACAUUCCGACUGCAGUUUACAAAGCACAUAUAAUGCGCUAUUUAUUUUAAAAAAAUGUUUUGUGUUUGCAUCUUUAUAUUCGAAUGCCAGUUUGCGUCAGUGUUUGUGUAUUAAGUCCAGGAGAGAUUGCAGAGCUUUUUUUUGGUAAGAUACAGACUUAUUCUUCUUGACUUAAAUUUGACCGUAAAAGUUACUCUCCUCUGAUAAAAUCUUUUCAGGCAUGAUAUUUUUUAGACUUGAGUUUGUAAUCAGACUUUUUGAAUCUGAUGGAAAGACAUUAUCAGUACAGUAGAACGCCACUAAACCGUACAUCGCGGUUUCCACAGAAAUUGUUUAUAAUAGCGAUCGUUCCGUAUAGCAAUUUUUAAGCUCUCUGUGCUCUGGUACUCACUUUUCAAUAAAUAGCGCCCUUCAUAACUUCACCCUGCACUCCCUGGUAGUUACUGAAAGAUGACUUUGAACACGUGCCGGCUAUUAAAUUUUGUCUUGAGACAGUUUUUGAGCUUACUACCUGCAGCAAUGAGUGGCUUUCCCCUUCUAUUCCUUGGGGGAAUAAUAGCCACUUGUCGCUCUUCUGUUGACAAAUUUCAACAACAAUGUUCGAUACAUUUUGUACACAAAAAUCCGGAGCCAAGGACGAUGUUCCGUAUAGCCGAAUGUUCGGUUUAGCGAUGUUUGGUAUAGUGACGUUACACUCUAUAGAAAAAAUAUGUCUUUCAAACGUGUCAUCCAAUUUUCAUUUUUUUUUUUUACAUUUGAAAAUAUCAUCCCUGUUUCAAAAAACAACUGUUUGUGGUUAGAUUUACUGAAACGACAUUUAUUUAUAUGCUAAUGACACAGAGCUGAAAUCUUUAAAAAUCCUGAAUAUGUUAUUUUAAUAUGCAAAUAUUAUAACCCACUUAAUAUUCGUAACCUCCUCCCUGAAAUACUAAACAUUUUAGACUCGUACGGUAUUUUAGACUCGUACGGUAUUUUUUUUCAUAUUUUGUUAGAAUAAUGCAGUUGUGUUAUAUACAUGUAAUGCUUUAAUGAGGAAUGUAAAAUCCUACAGUUACAGCUUUUUUGCUUGUUUUUUUUCCCUUAAAAAAACCCUGAACAUAUAAUUUAUGCAAUUAUUAUAAACCCUGUUAGAUGCUAAACCUCUAUCCUGAAAUACCCAACGUGUAGAACUCAUAUCGUUAUUGUCUCAUUUUUCGUUACAUUUUUAGUUGUUGGUACAGAAUCCUGUACAAGCCGGUUCGGUAUUUUAACUGCGUAUGCGCACAGUGAUAUGGGUCACGGGCCAUUCAUGAAAAUCGAACGCUCAUCGAAGGUGCAUGAACUCACAGGGAGACGAGCGCAUGACGCUCGUGUGUGGAUUACGGGCAAAAUGGGCGUUCGCGUUACACUGCGUAACGUCACGUCAGUGAUAUCCCAAAUGACCUUUGACCUGGACUACUUCAUUGCGAUAUCGAACUGGUUUACUCAGGAAUCGAAGUCCUUUUUUUACAAUAUUUCCCUGUUUUUCUCCUACAUUUCAGAUUUAUAACUUCCAUCUUUACUUCGUAUUCUUUUAGGCGUCUAGAUUUCCUGCAAAAAGUUCAAAGAAACAAUUUAUGAUUGUACUUUGUAACUCCUUGUACGAGUAUGAAUAACUGCAAGAUUUAUUUCGAACGUGCAUGAAAAUAGACUGGUGCCAUAGCACAAUGGUUUGCGUCAUUGCAAAUUUACUGCACUUAUCGUGGAACUAGUCCAAAAUGGUUGCUGAUAACAUGAGCCAAGGUUGGUAAAGCACCUUCAUUUUCACCUGCCCUUAUUCAUAAAUAAGACAGUUUUUACCCGUUCCUAUUUGUCGAGAGCCCAUCACGUGGGUAGUUUUAAACGGUUGAUGAAACAGCGACUGGUUUUAACACUUGUUUCCUGGUGUCACAUGAAAUUUGGACUCUUAUGAAAUAUGGUCCCUUUUACCGUUUUAUUGGUUGAAUCCUCACACGUGACCAGUCCCUCUCCUUAUCGUCACUUAGGCAUGCACAAUGCUGCCAAUGAGUCCAUAUUUCAUAGUCUAAAACUCACACUACACCGGCACCGCUGCGUUCUGCGCCACAUCGCGCAGUAUGCACCAUGCGCAUACCAAUCUCCUUAUAAGGAGUUUUUUAGUACCACUUUGCGAGGCACAUACCGUAACCAUAGCUAGAAGGGUGUUUCACAAAACAUGAAUUAGAAUUGUUGAACAAAAUUGUUGGAAAUGAAUAAUUUUUGACUUGUUUAGACUUUUUGACCGAAAGGUAUUUAUGAAUAAUGGGAAUAAAUUUGUGCUCGGCCUGUAUUAAACAAGUAUUUUUACAACCGGCUAGAGGCCUCGUGAUCGGUAAUGGCCAUUAUGCAUGUCCAGGCUCCUAGCCGGUUUAAUUGUACCUGUUUAAAACUGGCCCAGCACAUAAUAUUUCUUUAAUAUUACUUAUUUAUUUUGCUCUUUAGCCGAAUGUGGUGUACUAGUUUAGAAAUGGGUUUUAAAAACCAAGUUUAAAUUGCAAUCAGAACCAAACACACAAAAGAUGAAACUUUCCACACUUGUUUAUGCAUUUUGUGUCUUAUUCACGUGCAAAACACCCCCAGUCUUGCUUGAAAUAGUGUACAAUAGUUGUCUUCAUUGUGUAAGCCUGUUAACUACUGCAAUCUGUCGUUCUUAAAAAAGGUAUUCAGUUUUGUAGGUCUGUUUUUAUCAACUUUUUGGUAGAAAUAAAUUAUAAAAUGGACUUAUUCACACUA